AUGUAUUUAUCAUCGACUGAACCAGUUGUUGAUCAGCUAUCAACUGUUCUACUACGUACUCGUUUGAUCGAAGCAUUACAUUAUUCUAAUUUUACUGUGAAAGUUUUGUUUGAAAAUAUUCCUGUACUUGAUCCUCAUUUUCCACCAAAUUGUACAACGGAAGAAAGUAUUGAUCAACCAGCUCAUAAAGUUCCACGAUAUUAUCAACAAUUGUUUGGUUUAAGUAACUGUUUUUCUCUUGUACGUGAUUAUGAAAAAAAACAUAAUAUAAAAUAUGAUAUAAUGGUUCGAACACGGGCUGAUAUUGAAUUUCUCAAAAUUCCAUCAACAUUUGAUCGAGAAUCACCAUACGAUAUAAAUACGACGUUAUUCUUACCACCAAAUCGUUUUGCCUCGAAAGUGGAUGAUGGUUUUGCUGUCGGUCCGAUGGAUGCAGUUGAAGUAUAUAUGAACCGCUAUCAUUCAUUUCGUGAAUGUAUAACUCGUGAUUUACAUCCUGAACGUUAUUUAUAUUUUUAUCUAAAGUAUCGAAAAGUAAAAAUGAUUAUUGAUCAAAAUACAGUGGUUGGUCAUAUUCCUCAUGAUCCGAAACGAUGCCAUUAG